GUAAUAAAUGCGAAAAUUAUGGAGAAUAAAAAUUACAGCUGUUCCCAAGCACCGCUUGCUUUAAAACCCCUGUGUAUUCUGGCGCUCUCUCCAAUCACAAUAAGGGUUUAAGCGGGAGGGAGAGAAAUAGUCGGUCUCUAAAGCUAGGGUUUUUCUUUGUAAGUCUGCUACAAAAUCUGAUCAUCACGGAAGGGGAUUUCUGAACUCAACCUAAAGAAUUAUAUUAAGAAUGUCUUUUUGGGGUAUUGAAAUCAAACCUGGGAAGCCCUUCGUUCUUCAUCGUCAUGAGACUCCAGGGAAGAUCCAAAUUACGCAGGCAACGUUGGGCAUGGGAAUAUUAACAAAGAGGAGUGUAGUUCAGUGCAAUAUUUCUGGCAGAAGUCCAGUUUUAUUAUGUGCAUUACUGCCGGACAAGAUUGAAUCGUUAUCUUUGAGUCAUCAAUUUGACGAAGAAGUUGAUGUGACUUUCUCAGUUCUUGGCCCCCGAAGUGUUCACCUUACUGGGUUCUAUUGUGAGAGUGGUAGCAGUCGCUGUGGCGCGGGUGGUGAUUCUGAUUCUGAUUCUGAAUCCUAUGGGGUAGAUAUUGCUGAAACUGACAACGAGUCUGAUCAGUCCUCUGAUAGAGAAGAGGAAGAUGACUUAGAUGGCUUUAUUGUUGAUGAUGAUACUGAAAUGUCUCCGCCAUCAAAAGGCCGCAAGAGUGCAGUUGUGAAAAUUGAGGAGACAGAUGGUGACGAAAGGCCUGCAAGUAAGAAAGGCAAGCGCAGACAUCUUAGAAAGAAGUACCAAAUAAGCGACUCUGAGGUCGAUGAGAUAGAGAUUGGUAUCAAGGAUCAUGCUCGUUGUGAGAUUUCUGGGAGUGAAGAUGAAGAUAUCGUUCCUAUUUCUCAUUUAAUCAAGACGAAAGCCACCACUGAGAGCAAAGGAGAAGCUAAUAGUAAUUCAGAGAUACAACUAGCUAAGGAAAACAAGGAGGGGAAUGGUAGCAGUGAUCCUGACAUAUUUGAAGUAUUGAAUCAGGAUAGCCAUGUUCAAGUCAGCGAAGCAGAACAGAUAUCUGAACUACCUAAAGAUCCCUCUGCGACAUCUGCUGAUAUUGAUCAAGAAAGCAAUGUAAAGGAAAAGAAGAGAAAGAAAAGGAGUCAUGGUGAAGAUGGGGAGACAAAGAUCGAACAGGAUCAUGAUCGUGUCGAACUGAAGCCUAAGGAGGAGCAACCUAGUGCCAUUCCAUCCAAAGAUUCAUCUGUGCCAUCCGCCGACAUCGUGCUUGAGAGUGAUGUUAAGCCCAAGAAGAAAAGUAAAAGGAAUCGUGGUGAAGAUGGAGCAAAGGCUAAAAACAUGGAUCAAGAUUGUGCAGGAGUCAAACCUAAGGAGGGGCAACCUAGUGAUAGGUUGUUUAAAGCAUCUGAAAAUUCAUUUGUACCAUGUAGUGGUAUCAGGCUAGAGAGUGAUGUUACACCUAAGAAAAAACAUAGGAGGAACCGUGGCGAAGAUGGAGAUGCAAAGACCAAAACCAUGGACCUGGAUCUUGCUGGAGUCGAACUUGAAAAGGAGCAACUUACUGACAUGGUUUGUGGUGAGGAUGUUAAUGCAAAGAACGGAAAAUUGGACCAAGAUCCUGUUGAAAUCAAAACCAGGAAGAAUCAGGCAAACGACAAGAUUAUCAAUUCUGCUGGUCACGUCAGUAAUCAAGAUAAUGGCGAGGUGAAGAAAAAGAAAAAGAAGAAGAAAGCCCAAAAGAAUGUAUGUGAUGAAGAAGAUAAGAAAUGAUGAGAAAGAGAACAUAUAAUUGUGGUCACUUCAUACUAUAAUUGUGGCUAUAAUUGUAUAUAUAUUUUAUGGUCACUUCAUACUACAAUUGCGGUGAACUUUAGGCAACGAUACCCCAAAAUCUUUGAAUCCACUGCGGACUUCACUUUUCCAUUUUUGUCGUUUUUUUUCUUCUUAUUUUAACUGGAUUACCCAUUAUGAAAAUGAAACAUACUGCCUUUGUAGGAACGUAUCAUCCUUUGAGAAAACUUUGAUACAGAAAAGAAAUCUCUUAUUUU